AUGUUUUUGAAGGAGGAUGGUAGAGGGGGAAAAAUAACAACAGUAAGUGUGGAUGGACUUGAUUGUGUAGUGAUGGAGCCCCCUUUGAGCAAGAGGAGUCAGACUCUGAGGUUAGCGGAUUUGGCAGCGGCUCAAGCCCAUCCUCAUCAGACUAUGACAGGCUUCCCGGGGUUGGGGAGUCAUCAAGCUCACUCCCACCCUGCCCACAUCCACCCUGGGGAGUUGGGGAGUGACCCUGGAGUUGCCCUGACUCCAUUCGGACCUGAGCACAUGGCUCAAGCCAGUGCUCUGAAACUUAGUCCCUCGCAGCACAUGCCAGCUCAUCCCGAGGCUCAGACCGCUGCCGCCUUCGCCUCGCCGGCCACAGUCAGCUAUCCCGCCGUGGCUCAUUCCCACACUGGCUACAGCAGCAGCCCCAGGGACUUUCUCCUUAGGAGGGAGCUGUCCACUUCUGCCAUGUUAGGAGAGCAGCAUCCGGCCACCGGCUCCCCCCAUCACCACCACCACCACCAUCACCCCCAUAGCAUGUUCAUCUCCUCCACUGGCACCUAUGGGCACUCUGAUGGAGGAAGCCACCCUCUCUUCACUGGCAUCCACGAGCAGGCAGCCCCAGGAGUCCACCACCCCCUCAAUGGACAGAUGCGCCUUGGCUUGGCCGGAGAACUGUACGGGAGAGCGGAGCCCUUCAGAGCCGAGCACUAUGCAGCCUCCUCCAUCCACAGCUACAACUCUAUGAACUUAAAUGUCAACCUCGCUGCUGCUGCUGCUGCUGCCGCCCACCCAGCCGCUGCAGGGGCGUUCUUGAGGUACAUGAGGCAGCCCAUCAAACAAGAGCUCAUCUGCAAGUGGAUCGAUCAGGAGCAGGGCUCCAAAAAGACCUGCUGCUCCAAAACUUUCAGCACCAUGCACGAGCUGGUCAACCAUGUCACGGUGGAGCAUGUCGGGGGCCCCGAGCAGAGCAACCACGUCUGCUUCUGGGAGGAAUGUCCCAGGGAGGGAAAACCAUUCAAAGCCAAAUACAAACUGGUCAACCACAUCAGAGUUCACACUGGGGAGAAGCCUUUCCCAUGCCCCUUCCCUGGAUGUGGCAAGGUCUUUGCCCGAUCAGAGAACCUUAAAAUCCACAAAAGGACUCAUACAGGAGAGAAACCCUUUAAAUGCGAAUUUGAUGGUUGCGACAGAAAGUUUGCCAACAGCAGUGACAGAAAGAAGCAUUCUCACGUGCACACCAGUGACAAGCCGUAUUACUGUAAGGUCAGAGGGUGUGACAAGUCGUACACUCAUCCCAGCUCCCUGAGGAAGCACAUGAAGAUCCACUGCAAAUCCCCUCCAGGCUCCCCCUCUGCUCUGGGCUACUCUGCUGUGGCCACUCCAAUUGAUGACUCUCUGUCCCCUGCUCAGGAGCAAGUCAGGGGGCGCUCUAGCAAUCUGUCCCCUCAGGUCACCAACCUCAAUGAGUGGUAUGUGUGCCAGGCCAGCGGGGGCCCCAACAACCUGCACACGCCAUCCAGCAAUGCUGACUCCACAGAUUCUGAUGACGAAGACACUUACAGGAACUCUGAAAGGACUAUACGCUAG